GCGUGAAAUUAAUCCAUAGUUUUUAAUUUUAAAUCCUCGUUGCAUAGUCCAUUUAUAAGUGUUGCACUACACAUUAUGAAAAUACGUAUGUCUGUGGCAUUUUUAACUUUAUUAUCACGAUUACCAUAUCAAAUAACCACUUUACGUGCGUGCGUUCCAAACACGCAGUUCAUACUGAAUAACUAUUUAUGCUACUGUAAUAAUAUCGGUUUAUGGAAUGAUGCUAGCUGCACUAAAAUACAGAGACGGCUGAGUUGCCAAAUCGGCCAAGUAUUCCGAGAUGGUUGUAACCGCUGCGUGUGUCUAGAAAAUGGUCAAUUUUCGUGCACAAAUGCCUAUUGCUUGGAGAGUCAGAGCUUACUUGCAUAUGACGUGAAAUGUACCCCGUUCAGGUCAUACUAUAUUAACUGUAGUCUAUGUACGUGCCCAGCUUCUGGGAUAUCAGCAGAAGCACAUUGCACAAAGGACUCAUCUUGUCCUCUAGAAAAUACGUCCAAUUUUCAAAUGGUCAAGAACAAUUAUUGUAUACCAAAUGUGAUGUAUAUUUUCCCUUGCAUUCAUUGUUUGUGUUCAGAGAACGGAAUUUUCGUUAUCGAUAAAUGUGUAGAUAAAUGUCAAGUAACUAAAAAGCAAAUUAAAAGGUGUAAUCCAGGAACAUAUUACAGAAAUGGCUGUAGCAUAUGCUUAUGUUCUAAAAAUGGCAAUCGUGAUGACCGUCUAUGUAGCGAAAUUUCUUGCAAUAAAAUCAAACCAAACACACCAAUAUUUCAAAGCUUAGAAAGCUAUGGUUCAUGUACUCCUUUUUCAUUUCAAUCAAAAUGUCUUUAUUGUGAGUGCAAUAUGAACGGUUCUGUAAAUGGAAGAAAAUGUAUAGAACUUGAUUGUUCAAAGAACACAAAACUUCAGAAUUAUCAAAAGAGAGAUAACUGUAGUCCCGGUGAAUUCGUUCCUAUUUGUAUCGAAUGUUUCUGUCCUCAAAAUGGUUUAAUUAAUAGCAGCUAUUGCAGAAACAAUUGUAGUAAUCAAAGUAAAUUACACAUUCUUGAUAACAUUGUUAAUGGAAGCUUAUACGAACUUGCAGAUGUAAAUGAAUUGGAUAAAGAACAUUAUGAAGAAAACUGUAUACCAAAUUUUGUAUAUUAUGAAGAUAACAAAUACUGUCUGUGUCCCGAAACUGGAUACAAAAAUUCUCAAUCAUGCAUUUCUUACAAUAAGAUUGAAACUGCAUUACAUAUUAGAAGUGAACAUGGUUCACGCGAUCAAAAAAAUAAAAGUACAGAAUGUGAACCAGGCACAUACGUUGAGUUCGAUUGUAAUGUAUGCUAUUGUUCUAAAAGCGGUGUAAUAGACUACAAGUGGUGCACUUAUGAUGAUUGCAUCGCUAAGAAAACUAUACAGGCAGCUCAUAAGACUCGUGUCCUUCCCGUGACCAACGUAUAUUCUGAUGGAACUUGCAUACCCGGAUCAAUAUCUAAGGUUAAAUGUAAUUUCUGUAUUUGUCCCGAAAGCGGGAUACUGAGAGAACGCGCUUGUACUAGAAAUAACUGCUACGAAGAAGAGGAAGAAGAUAAAAAAAUAGGCAUGGAUAGAUUUACAUGUGAACCACUUGCUUAUUACGAAGUCGAUUGUAACAUCUGCUUUUGUCCCCGAGAUGGUAUAAAGAACGUCGCAAAAUGUACUAAGAAUCAAUGCGAGAAAAAUUUCCUAAGAACCAAUGACUGUGCGCCCGGUCAUCUCUUUACAGAUGUCUGUAAUGUUUGCGUUUGCCCACCGAACGGAGAUAAAACUGACAAGGCUUGUACUGAGCAUACGUGUGGCGUAGCUCCUUGGAACCAAUUCAAGUUACCCCAAAACUUACUGCAGAAUAAAGUUAAUAACGCAAAAGUAAGGACUCUAGACCACUGCUUUCCAGGUGAAGAAUUUACUCAAGAUUGUAAAAUUUGUGUUUGUCCAGACAUGGGUUUGAAAAUGUACGCUUCUUGCGAGGUGAAUGAAGCCAUCGCUUGUGAUAAUGGUCAAGAAACUUUACCAACGGCUGAUCUAGGCAAUAAGCUAUCGGUAACUGGUUCAGAUAGUGAUAUAAAUUCAGCCACUCAUAACCGGGUUAGAAGAUUUGAGUUAGCUCAAUGUAUGGAGUAUAAGAUAAAAAUGGCUCCCGAGAGAAAACACUGCACACCUGGCUCCAUGUACUUUAUACGAUGUAAACAAUGCAUUUGUCCGUACAUGGGAAACAUAAAUAAAUUUUGUCGUCCAUUACCAAACAAUGUUCAUUGCGAAGAGGCUUUUCCUGGUUUUAAUUAUUUACCGAUGGGUCGAAGAUAUGAAGCAAAUAAUACAAACAAUACUGGACCAAAUGGACACAAAGUAAAUGAAACAAUAGUACUCGAAGUAACACACAAACACACAAUGUACCAAUGUGAUAUAGUUGGCAAAAUAAUGGAUAAAUGCUUUAUAUGUAAUUGUGAAGAGAGUGAUAAUCGCCUCGUCGUGAUAGAAGAACAUUGCUUUAAAAGUGAACAUGAUAACUGCACAGAUGUUCCGAAACCCUACUUUUUGCAUGACAAUAAACUUAUAUUUCUUUGA